GCCGGCCGCUCCCGCUCCCCCGGCCCGGGCUCUUUGUCGGCGCGAGCCGGCGGGGGUCGGCAGCGCCAUGUCCUCCCCCAAGAAUGGCUUCUACCGGCAGGAGAUCACCAAGACCCUCUGGGAAGUGCGGGACCGCUACCGGGACCUGCAGCCGGUGGGGUCCGGCGCCUACGGAGCCGUGUGCUCAGCCGUCGAUGGAAGAAGUGGUACCAAAGUGGCCAUUAAGAAAUUGUACCGCCCGUUUCAGUCUGAACUCUUUGCCAAACGAGCUUACCGAGAGCUGCGCCUCUUGAAACACAUGAAGCAUGAAAACGUCAUUGGAAUUUUGGAUGUAUUCACACCAGAUGUAACGCUGGAGAAGUUUAAUGACUUCUACCUCGUUAUGCCAUUUAUGGGAACAGACUUGAGUAAGAUAAUGAAGCAUGAGAAAUUAACUGAAGAUCGAAUCCAGUUCCUGGUAUAUCAGAUGUUGAAAGGCUUAAAGUAUAUUCACUCAUCAGGCAUAAUUCACAGGGAUCUAAAGCCUGGAAACUUGGCAGUAAAUGAAGACUGUGAAUUGAAGAUCCUGGAUUUUGGAUUGGCAAGGCACACAGACAGUGAGAUGACUGGCUAUGUGGUUACAAGGUGGUACAGAGCCCCAGAGGUCAUUCUUAACUGGAUGCAUUAUACUCAGACAGUUGACAUCUGGUCUGUGGGCUGUAUAAUGGCUGAGAUGAUAACAGGGAGACCUCUGUUUAAGGGAAAUGAUCAUCUGGACCAGCUCACAGAAAUAAUGAAAAUAACAGGUACACCAACACAAGAUUUUGUUCAAAAAUUGCACAGUCAAGAUGCAAAAAAUUAUAUCAAAAGCCUCCCAAAAGUCCAGAAGAAAGACUUUGCAUCCAUCUUGAAGUAUGCGAAUCCUUUGGCUGUAAACCUUUUGGAGAAGAUGCUGGUGCUGGAUGCAGAGAAGCGAGUCACGGCAGCUGAGGCUUUGCUGCAUCCCUACUUUGAACCAAUUCACGAUCCUGAGGAAGAGAUUGAAGCUGAGAAAUACGACGACACAUUUGAUAACAUGGAUCUUCCAUUAGAUGAGUGGAAGCGCAUUACAUAUAAAGAGAUACUGAACUUCAAGCCACCACAGACAUUGGACUCAAAGGAGACAGCAGUGUAAUGGCUCAGUAUUUUCAGAACUCUGAAGGCAGAAAAGUUGUAAAUGUUUGUGACAUUUCAGGUGUAUAAAACUCCUUAUAAAUACGUAAUCUGUUUCAUCUGCACUGUAACAAUGUCCUUUACUCUGCAUGUGGAAGUUGGUGCCUUUGGGCGUAGCAUUUCAAAAAUAGCCAGAAACUUAUUUCUGCCUACAAACUUCUUCCUUCUGCACAGAAGGACUCAGACUGCAAUAACCUGCUGCCAUCCUCAAAAGAGCAGGAUUAAUUCUUCAACUCAGAGAUCUGAAGAGUGCAAGUUACCACCCCAGGCAAGCUGAGAACACAGUAUGUCUGAUGUGCUGUGACUGAUCUCCAAGGCCACUGAACUGUCUUGAAUGCAAAGGGUAUUCAUGUGACUUCCUGUGGGAUAUUCCACUUUGCUGAGAUGUCUGGGAAGGCUAAUCAUCUCCUGUUACCUCAGGGACUGCAGUGGGUAGCAGAGUGAGUGAGUGCCUGCAUCCCCUGUCCUCUGUGAGUAGAAGAGAACCUCAGAAUUGUUGAUGUCCUAGAUUUUUUUCAAAGUAACCAGCAUAGCAGGACAAGAUUUCAUAAACUUGCUAGGUGAACAGUCACUGUAUAUAUAAUCACUGUAUAAUAUUUUCCCUAAAUACAGUGCAUUUUCUUUGUAUAGUAGAAUAGGGAUCAAGGAUUUACAGGGAGAAAUUCUUCAGAUUUUCUAAAAUUUUGUAAGCUCUUCAACAUCUUAGUAUUGAAAUUAUCUCAGACAAUCAGCAGUGCUGAUUUUAAAAAUAAAGCUACAUGUGGGUCACUUUGUAGGAAAUGAAAUGAGGACCAAAAUGAUAGACUUCCUCUUCAUCAGGAAUACCUGCAGCAACGUGGCUUUUUUUACAGUGUACAAAGCUGUUACCAAGUGAAGAAUAAUACUGAUUUUUUACUGAUUUCAACUCAUCUUACUUGGAAAAACAUUCAGACCUUUUGUGGAGAGGUACCUUAGCAGAAGGAGUCAGCUUCCUGAUGGGAUAUAUUGGUUAGGUGCUUUCUGAGUUCCUCUCACUGUCCUGUUACUUGUUUUCCUAGGUGCUUUGUUCAUAAGGGUCUCUGAGAGGUGGGAAAAAGAGCUGGCAAACCUUUGUGGAGAAUUUCUGUGUGAAAUUGCUUAUCUUUCUUAAAGGUAGUAUCUUCACAGUUGACUGUUUGGAUAUUCCCAAUGUAAUAACACCAUGGUGUGUUACUACUGAGUGAAAUGAAUGUGAAAGAAUACAUUUGAUCCUAGCAGGUAGUAACUGGAAAAAAGAAGAAAUUACUUGGUUUUUUUUUUUU